CGGCUCUGAAACUAUGUGCCACUCGCGCAACCACCUGCACACCAUGACUGGCCUGCCGGCCCCGGCUCCCGCUCCCUCUACCAACUCGGAACUCCGGAGGGGCUCCGGUCCCGAGAUUUUCACUUUCGACCCUCUCCCGGAGCCGGCGGUGGCGUCUGCCGUGCGUAUGAACACUUCCCGCGGGCACCGAAAACGCAGCCGAAGGGUGCUCUACCCUCGAGUGGUCCGGCGCCAGCUGCCAACCGAGGAGCCCAACAGUGCCAAGAGGGCUCUCUUUCUCCUGCUCACCAUCAUCUUCUGCCAGAUCUUGAUGGCUGAAGAAGGUGUGUCGCAGACCCUGGCUACGGAGGAUGCUACCAGCGCCGCGUCACCUGAACCCGUCUCUGCGCCCAUUACUGCGGCCCCGGUCCUCGAGCCCUUAAACCUGACCUCGGAGUCCUCAGACUACGCUCUGGACCUCAAAGCUUUUCUUCAGCAACACCCAGCGGCCUUCUGAAUGCGACGGGUCACACUCGGUCCGAAAAAGAAAAAAAACAAAACAAAACAACAGAGGCACCAGGCGUAUCUGGUGCGCCAGAGCGUAUCCCAAACUGGGACUUACUUAUAAGGCAAUGUUAACUCAGAACACUACGGCCAAGAUGCCGGUGCUUGAGGCGAGCCCGAGGCACUGUGGGUCCUGGCUAGGUCCACUGGGAAGGACAGAAGCCUUCUCAGCGUCCUAAUUAAUAUUUAUGUAUUUAUGUAUAUCCUCCUAGGUGAAGGAGGGGGUGUAUGUAAUAUUUAUUCUAACUUAUGCAGGGGAGCGAGAUAUGCUCCCUUGCUGUAACACAGACAUCUGGAUUAUUUAUUAAUGAUUUAUAGGGUCGGUGAGACAGAGUGAUGGGAGGGAGGACCUGGGUGGGGAUUAGACUUGGUGGUAGGUCAUGGGUUUAGGGGCAACACCCCGUCUUUCAGCCCCUCAGCUCUGUAGUGUGUUGUAAGGCUUUCCGCAGACCCUUGGGAAUCCGGUCUGUGGCCUUUGAUGUCUUCCGGGUUGCUUCUCAGGGGCGGCUGCGGGAGUCUUGGGUCCAUGGAUUGUCAGAGGGCGGCUGUUGGGGGUCGCCUAGUAUGUUCUGUGAACACGAAUAAAAUUGAUUGCCGGUUAUUAU